UGCAGCAAUGAUGAUACAGUGAAUGACUCUGCGCGGGAUGCCCUGGCAGAGCUGGAUGUGGCAGAUGUACUGACGUUUCAGCUGAAACGGGCGCCUGAUGCCGAACGACGACAUGUCAUCCUGGAAAUACUGGGCUCACUGGGCGAGAGUGAUACGCUGAAGCUGCAGUUUGCAGAAUCAGGAGUACCAGAGGCUUUAUCAGAGAUGAUUAGGAGUCUACAGGGAGGUUCUGACCCCCACGACCUCUGCAGCAUCAAGAUCGCCUCCAAUCUCAUAGUGUCCCUGCUUUUAGGAGAUGAGUCUAUGCAGAAGUGUUUUGGUGAGGGGUCAGGUCUCGUGUAUCAGGAUGUCCUGUCCUGGCUGCAGAGCUCCAACACCCAGCUGCAGCUGUCUGGAGCCCUGGCCAUCGCCAACUUUGCCAGGAACGACAGUAACUGUGUGAAGAUGCUGGACCUCGGUGUGGUUCCUCACAUCCUGACCUUGCUGGAGCAGCAUGUCGAUGAAGGAGACGUGUCUGUUCAACAUGCUGGACUGAGUGCACUCAGAAACCUGGCCAUUCCUGCCACCAACAAAGUGCAGCUGCUGGAGGAUGGGGUGACUGAGAGGAUAAAGACCCUGCUGCGCUCUGACAUGCCACCAGUUCAGUUCAAACUGCUGGGUACACUACGCAUGAUGGUGGAUGGACAAGAGGAGGCAGCCUUGGUGCUGGGUAGAGAUGCUGUGCUGCUGGCUCGGGUCAUGGAGUGGUGUGAAGCCAAAGACCACGCAGGAGUCCGAGGAGAAGCCAGCCGCCUUCUGGCUGCCUUCAUCAGACACAGCCGCAGUCCUGAAGUUGUCCAUGCUGUAGCCAAAGCAGAUGGGGUUCGACACCUUAUCUCCAUGGCAACAAGUGAGCAUGUGAUCAUGCAGAACGAGGCCCUGGUUGCCCUGGCGAUAGCAUCUGCCACUGACAUUGAGUCUAUGAAGAAUCCAUUUAAGGAUGCGGACCUGUUGCCCAUGCUGAAGAAGAUGUUGGAGGAUCCUGCAGGGGCCAUCGAAGUCAAGUUCAGUGCUUUGGGUCUCAUCUGCAGCCUGGCUAACUCCAGUGUGAUGAAGGAGGAGUUGAACUCUGUGAAUAUGAAGGAAAGCCUCAGUAAACUGACAGAUCAUAGCAGCAGUAAACUUGCCACGCAGGCCAGCUCCAUUCUUGCCAUUCUCAGUGACACCAGCUAAACCAGCACACUUCACCGACAAAGGAUUUCAUCUGCUGUAUGGGUUUAUCCAGCUUAUUCAAUCACAUCAUUUAGUCCACUGCACAGAUACUGCUAAAUACUGAAUUGGCCUCUAAAAUGUCACCUGUUCUGUGGCAAUAAUUACUAAUUGAAGACGACCAAGACUGUAUGUUUCUGUUCACAGAAGGAAUAAACCAUAUAAUGACA